AUGGCCACGCCAUCUGCCUCCUCCGAUGCCUCGUCAUCAACCCCUACAGGCCGCAAAUACAAUCUCCGCAACCCCCUACCCCUCUCGGCCACGCAAGAGCAGGAAGUCAAGCAACUCUACUAUAAGCGAGUACGAGGUCACUGUGCUCCCGAGAUCAAGGCCUUCGCCGAAUGCGCCGUGAAUCGUACCGUUACUGCUACUUGGGUAUGCCGCCAGCAACGGUUAGCUAUGAACUCAUGCAUGGUGACCCACGCAACCCGGGAGGAGGAGGAUCGCGCACGCGAGGAGUGGUUCGCGACAUACGAUGAACGGCGCCGUGUCCGCGACGAAGAACUAGUGCGGGUGGAGAAACGCCGUGAAGAAGUGAUCCGGAUGAUGCGGGAAGAUGAGCGGAAACAACAGCAGGCUCAGGGGAGGUGA